AUGAGUGUACGAGGAAUAUUAGGUGGAUUGGUAGGCCUUGGUACUGGGUCAGGAUUGACAUAUCUUUUAAUUAAUAAAUCUACUAAAACAACAAAAGUCAAUGAAACGUUGGCACCAUACAAUGGAGCAGAUAAAGCAUUAUUGAGUAAGGUUAAAAUUAACCCCAAAGAUUUUUUUGCCUAUGGAUUUCCAGGCCCAAUUCAUGAUUUACAUGAUCGUGGAGAAUUCAUAUCAUGUUACAAUAGACAAACAAGAAAUCCAUACUGGGUUCUUGAACAUAUAACACCUGAAUCUCUUGAUAUGAGAAAUGGUGACAGGAAAAACUCGUUUUUUAAAGAAGAUGAAAGUAUUCCUGAAUUGUUUAGGGCUCAAUUGAAGGAUUACUUCAGAUCUGGGUUUGAUAGAGGCCAUCAAGCUCCUGCAGCAGAUGCCAAAUAUUCACAAGAAGCCAUGGAUGGUACUUUCUAUUUAACUAACAUGAGUCCUCAAGUGGGUGAAGGAUUCAAUAGGGAUUAUUGGUCACAUUUUGAAUAUUUUUGUAGAGGUCUUACCAAAAGAUACGGAAGUGUCAGAAUCAUGACAGGACCAUUGUAUUUACCAAAGAAGGACCCUAUUGAUGGAAAAUUUAAAGUUACAUAUGAAAUGAUAGGUAAUCCACCGAAUAUUGCUGUUCCUACCCAUUUUUUCAAACUUAUAAUAGCAGAGAAGCCUUUAUCAGAUCCAAAAAUGGAUGGUAUUUCUGUAGCCGCGUUCGUUAUGCCCAAUGAAAAAAUCUCUAAUGAAACUAAACUACUAGAUUUUCACAUUCCUGUUAAUGCCUUGGAAAGAAGUACAGGUUUGGAAUUAUUACGUAACUAUCCUGAAAAUAAGAAAAGAGCUCUAUGUAAGGAAGUCAAUUGUCAACUUAUUGUUAGAGAUUUUUCAAAAGCCAAUAAUAAUUACAAAAAGAAUAAAGCCCUUCCAUCCUCGACUUCUUUUAAAAAAUAG